AUGAAUCAAAAAUCACUUAUUCUAAAUUCGAACCCCUUAAAACAAAGUGCAAUGAUUAGACUAAAACCACAUAAUAGUCUGGUCCAUGGCGUGGUCGAAAUCUUUAGGAAGUAUGUACUGAACAGGACCUAUCUAUGCCUCAUGGUCCUUCCAAUAGUCUUACUGGCAACUACUGCAAACAUCUUGUACGAUUAUAUACCAUCAGUCAUAAUCCCUAGAAUAGCGGAACACAUAAAGGCAAAUGACCUUGGGCUUCACAUGGACUUAGCUUAUAAGUUUUUCUUCUAUGGGUUGCUAGCAACGGUCUUUGAAUAUUUCCCUAUAUUCCUGAUGGCUUUGGUAAUACAAGACAUAUACAGAGAUUGCUACAGAGAUAUUUUCAUGGAAUACAUAUCAUUGGAAUACAAUGCAUUCCAUGAUAUUUCUCCAGGGGAUAUGGAAGGUAGGAUAUAUAGAAAAUGCAAAGCUGUAGGGGAAGCUGUCGAUGUAGUUAUUCCUACCCUCAUGAAUUCAACCAUAUUUGUCUUAGUUGCCAUGAUCGAUAUAUAUAGAAGCUUUGGAGUUGUUGUAUCCUUGAUAUUCCUGUUGAUACCGAUAGCUUAUAUUUCCAUCACUGUCUUCCUAACAUCGAGAAGAAACCGUAUCAGAGGAAAAUAUAACGCUGCAAAAGACAAAUCAACAAGGAAACUUAGCGAUAUUUUGAACAACUAUGAGGUUGUAAAGUCCUUUGGGCUUGAGGAGAGGGAGUCCAAGAAAUUCUGUAUUUCGUUAAGAGAUCGGGUUUCAAUAGGGACUGUCUAUAGCUGUUCUGAAAAUGUUAUCACUUUACUACAAAAACUUUCCUCGUUAAUUCCACACAUCGGGAUUCUCUAUCUUUCUUUAAAUACCAAUAUCCUGACUUUUGAAAAGGCCAUUAAGUUGAACAGUCUUCAUUUUAUCCUAAAAGAAAGAUUAACUGAGUUUGCCAAGGAGUUUACAGAGCUUUACGAGUACUAUUAUGAUUAUUCUACCUCCACCUAUGAAAAAGAAGAGGAUUCUUUGGAUCAAGUUGAUGUCAGGGGAUUCGACAAAGACAUAGUCAUCAGAGAUGUAGGAAUCCAAAGAGGAGAGAAGGUUAUUCUGAAAGGAAUAAACUUUACAUUGCACAAAGGAGAAAAACUGGCUAUUGCGGGCCCAAACGGUGCGGGUAAGUCAACCUUCAUUAAUGCACUUCUGAGGUUUCUGGAUUAUUCCGGGGAUAUAUUCAUUGACGGGGUGGAAAUGCGGAGAUAUACGAGAAGAUCCACAAGACAUAUAAUGGCGUAUGUGCCCCAGGACAAUUGUAUUCUUGACGACACAAUUCUUAAGAACCUUCAGUAUGGAAACAAAGACAUCUCUUUUGAAAAAAUCAAGGAAAUUUGCAAAAAAUACGGAACUCAUGGAGUAUUUAGCAGUCUUGAGGGAGGAUAUCUAAAGGAGGCAGGGCAGCAAGGAGGAGAACUAAGUGUGGGGCAGAAGCAAUAUUUGAGUCUAAUGAGAGCUAUAAUCAAAGACUCCCCUAUUUUCAUUCUGGAUGAGGCCACCUCAGACGUUGAUCAUCAAACAGAAACCGAGCUGAUUGAUUAUGUUAUGUCUGUUCUUGCAGACAGAACAAUAAUAAUGAUAGUUCACAACCAUUCCCUAUUGAAAAAAUUUGACAAUAUCUUAUUCCUAAAGAAUAAGACAAUGAAAGGAUAUGGAAAUAUAAGGGAGUUACUCAAGUCAUCGGAGGAUUUUGUUGACUUUUAUCUUGGUGAAAAGUCUGUCUUAGAUACAGGAAUCCAACCUUAA